GUAUAUUUCUUCAUUUUCAGGGUCGAAUAAUAUUCUUAAAUCAAUGAAUCCUCUCGCCAUUACCGCCUGUGUUCAAAUAAGCUUAUUCCGCCAUCUAAUUCUUGCUUAUUUAUUUUUAAAUCUUCUGGUACAGCUAGAGUAAAAUUUUAUUGGCCCCUUCUAUGCAUUAUUAUAGCAUUUGCUAAAUAUUGAACAUUUACAAUCAAUUCUUUACUUGCUAGUUUGGUUUCUAAUCUAUGCUCCCAACAUAAGAAAUAAAAGAAAUUUCGAGUUAGCAGAGUACUCGACGCCGCAGCCAUGGCGUUGGAGCGACGCACGCUGGGGGUGGUGGUGCUCGGCUUCGCCUUCAUGCUGAUCUUCACGUCCUUCCAGACGCAGGGAAAUAUGCAGCAAGUGGUGAUCGACAGCAUCCAGAAGGAGGACCCGAGCUUCACAGGCUCAGGCUACGUGUCCCUGGCCAUCAUCUACACCGUGGUUGCCAUCACCAACUGGUUUGCUCCAUCCUUCAUUGCCAUCCUGGGGCCUAAACUUACCAUGGUGGCCGGGGCCAUCCCUUACACUUUGUUCAUCGCGUCGUUCCUGUGGCCGCACACGUGGCUGCUGUACCUGGUGUCGGUGGUCGUGGGUCUCGGAGCUGCCCUCAUCUGGACCGGCCAGGGCAACUACCUCACCCUCAUGUCCGACGACGCCACCAUAACCAGGAACUCUGGCAUAUUUUGGUCUAUGCUGCAGUGCAGCAUGGUGUUCGGCAACAUCUUCGUGUUCGUGAAGUUCCGAGGCCAGGAAGUUAUAAGUGCCGACACCCGCUUCGUGGUCUUCAUUUCCCUGACGGCCGUGUCUGUGGCAGGGACUCUCGUGCUGCUCCUACUGCCCAAACCGGGAUCACAAUCAGGCAGAUCUGAUGCCACGAGUUCCCCUGCUAAAGAGCUUAUGAAAAGUUUUAAGCUUUUUGUUACCAAAGACAUGCUUCUGUUGUCCGUCACGUUCUUUUACACGGGCCUGGAGCUGAGUUUCUUCAGCGGGGUGUACAGCGCUUGCCUGAGUUUCACGCAACGUUUCCCUGACCCCAAGAUGUUGGUCGGACUCUCCGGCAUCUCAAUUGGAGUUGGAGAGAUCCUUGCCGGCGCUACGUUCGGGAUCUUCGGUAGCAAGACAAUCAAGUUCGGGCGGGACCCAAUUGUGUUGCUGGGUUUCCUGAUCCACAUGGUCUGCUUUUACCUCAUCUUCCUGAACCUCCCCAAGGACUCCCCCCUAGGCGACACUUAUGGACCUUCUAAAUUUUCUGACGGCCAGCCCAUAGUUUGGAUUGCGCUGCUAUGCAGCUUCUUGCUGGGUUUCGGCGACGCAUGUUUCAACACUCAAGUCUACUCGCUGCUGGGCUCCGUGUACUCUGACAACUCUGGCCCUGCUUUUGCCGUAUUCAAGUUCGUGCAGAGCUUCAGUGCCGCCUGCGGCUUCUUCUAUUCCACAUACAUCAGCCUGCACUGGCAUCUCGCCAUCUUGGUGAUUCUCUGCGCAGCAGGCACCUUGGCUUUCUGCGUGGUAGAAUGGAAAGCCUACCGCAGAGCAGUCGUCAAAGCUGCAGCUUCGAGCGGCAGCAAAAACGACAAAAAAGCCACUUAAAACUUAUUUUAUUUUCGUCUUCUUCCCCUCUAUUGCAGCUACG